AUGGCACAGAAGCAAGUAAUCUAUGAUAUCGGUCCAUUUAUAUCAAGCACCAAAAACACGGACACGCAGUUGACGGUUCACGUCUCCAACAAACGCUUUAAAAUCAAUCUCCUUACUUCCCACUUCGAAGGCUCUCCUGCCCUACUAGCUGAAUAUCUUCGACACGUUCAACGUCAAGAACCAGAGUGGAUCCCUAAUGAAUCUGAACUGGACGAGGAUGGGGAUUUUGAAGACCCCCUCGAUGAAAUGCAUGAUUGGGUCUUGCAACCAUUUUUGCCAAUCUUCCACGAAAUUGCUCCCCUGGAUCCGAGCCAACAUUACACUCUCCUGGACUGCUUGUUUGCAGAAGAACUGCACUAUACAGUGCAGGUGAUUGAUGACAACUUGGUUCCGGUUUUUCUCAGCAGCACCAGGAACAUAAAAAAUGAUAUUAUUGGGGCCCGUUUACCAUCUUCCGUGGACUGCUCGAUGUUUCCAGUCUAUCACCCUAGGGAAGUACAGGUUCCAAUUAAUGCCAAUUCAGCUGCACUGCCAGGAAUACCUCGCAGAGUAUAUAUCCAUGGGCAAUCACAACCUAGCUUCUUCAAGAUAGUCUAUGGGGGUGAUGUGGGUAUUACCACAAGAGAGAUUCGAACCUAUGCGAAGAUCCGUAUAGCUAAAUACAAUCCCCCAAUUUUUACAUCAAAACUGGAAGGGCUGGUCCAAAAUGAUGAUGGACAUGUCAUGGGAUUGGUCUUAUCCUACAUUGAAUGUGAUGGGGCUACGCUCUAUUGCAUUGAUGGACAUGAUCCCAAAUUUUCCGAGCUCCGACAAAAAUGGCUUGAUCAGAUUUCGCACACACUCGAACAAUUCCACUCACACGGUAUUAUUUGGGGAGAUGCGAAAGCAGCUAACGUGCUUAUUGAUAUUAAUGAAGAUGCAUACCUGAUUGACUUUGGAGGAGGUUAUACUGAGGGUUGGGUUGAGAAAGAAAAGUCUAACUCAACCGAGGGAGAUCUUCAGGGACUUGAAAAUAUCAAGCGGUACCUUUUUUGA